GGUGGGGCCGAGUUCCGGGCGCCCGGCAGCCUCUGAGGAGAGCAGAGCGUGGCCGCCGCAAGGCUGAGAAGCAGAGCCGUGAUGUUCCGCAUCGAGGGCCUUGCGCCGAAGCUGGACCCGGAGGAGAUGAAACGGAAGAUGCGCGAGGAUGUGAUCUCGUCCAUACGGAACUUUCUUAUCUACGUGGCCCUGCUGCGAGUCACACCUUUUAUCCUAAAGAAAUUGGACAGCAUAUGAAGAUGGGCAUCACAUGUGAAUGCGAGAUAUGAGGAACCCAGUUACAAUUUCUACUCGAUCUGCAAAUGAAUAGGCCCAGAAAGAUGUAAGAGACUCUUUGAUGAAUGGACAUAAAAAUUCUACUUGUUAAGAACAAGUGUGGCUCUGGUAACUGACCUUCAUAGCUAAAGUUUAAAAAUACUUGGGAAGUAAAGACAUCUUGUGGUGAUAGUACACCCAUAUGCCUGUGAUGUUCAGCUUCUGUGAAUGUUGAUAUAAUUGUAAGUAAUGUCAAACUCUAUUUUCUAACAAGUAUUAAUUAUAAGGGAAUUCUGUCUACAAUAGCACUGUCUUGCUAAUUUCUGUUUACAUUUUUACUUCUUUCUGGAGUACAUAUGCUGAAUUGUUCCUUAUGAUUAGUUAUAUUUUACAAAAGCCAGCACACAGCCACAACAACACUUGAGCACAGGACCAUUGGUCUAUAUUUUUAAUUAAAGUAUCAACUAAGAAAAAAAUUGGGAUUUUAUUUCUCUUAACCUACUUUUUGCUGCAGACCUCUUUGAUGUUGUAAUUAUUACAAACUACAUUAAACUGAGUUCCUCUUGUUUUGGACUGAA